AUCUUCACUCAUCAUAUAUCAUUACAGUCAUAACGUAAGUAAAUAUAUAGAUAGGAUAGAUAAAAACAAUCAACUUUGACUUCUUUGCUGCUCCUUUAGGAUUAUGGUGGCAAUCAUUACCCACUUAACCCAUCUCUGAAUAUUCCUUAUCCCAUGUCAGACAGGGAUUUUGCUCCUCUUUUUCGUCCUUCAGAGAAUAAAAUCCCCCCUUACCCUGGGAAUCCUGACCCUGAUACAGGGGUGCCCUCAUUUCCCUGGAUUCUCACCUCUCCUGGAGACCCCUUCCACCACAUUCCUAGUUUUCCUGCAACUACUUGGUGGAUCCCCUCUCCUCCUCCUAGGGAAUCUCCCCACUUUGUCCCUAACUCAUAUAAACCCGAAGGACCUUUCUUCUCACUCAAUGCUCCCCUGCCUACUGCUGCCGAACCUUAUGUAGCUAUACCUCAAGUAUCCACACGUACUACACCACCUCCAAACGCAGAACCUGUUGCAGUUGACCCUGGGGCAAUUGAGCCUGAUGAUGCCGAACCUGUUGCCCCGGAACCUCAGCCUUCCACUUUUGACUAG